UGCGCUUGUGGAUUUGACAUUCUUAAUACAUAUCGAACUUCUUUAGUCGGUAUUUUUGUGUGGAUAACCUCAUUCGCGGCGCCAUGCCUUUGUCCCAUGAAGAGGGGGGGCAGGGCGGCGGCGGUGCCGCGAGCACGCCAUUCUCCCUCAAGCCGCCGUCACAGGUUGCUUUCCAUCUACGACACAGCAAUCACCUCAUCUUUAUUUAACAUUAGCGAACGACGAGGAUGCAACGAUUGCCGUGUCACACCGUGUCACUUCUGUGUCUCUUGUUGGAUAAUAAUCUUAUGCGUAGAUAUUAUUUUUUACAUUAAAAUAAUCCAGAUGACUUAUGAACGUACUUCUUAUAUCGUACAUAUAUUUAAAAUGUAAAUAUUCUAAAGCGCCAACCGAAAAUUAGCAACCAUAACCAAGAGUGUCCGACUAUGCUUUUCUGCUGUGUCGAAUCGUGUCGUGGCGUGUCGUUGUUGGAAAGCACCGCGUUCGACACUGUGUCGAUGUGUGUCGUCUAAAAGCCUUGAUGGAAAGCAGUCUAAGCUGCUGUGUCGAAUCGUGCCGAGGCGUGUCGUUGUUGGAAAGCACCGCGUUCGACACUGUGUCGAUGUGUGUCGCCUAAAAGCCUUGAUCGAAAGCAGCCACAGUAUGUGCCGCCGUUAAUUAACUUUGGUCCUUCUUCUCUCCCUUCUCUACCCGAUAUAAUCUCCACCUUUCCGAUUUCCCAGCACAGUGAAAAUUUGUCGCAAAAUCCACCCAUCGACAAUGACCGUUCAAAUACAAGUGUUGUAGCGUCUAUGACGCCACAGGUCAGUGGAAGUGUAACCCCUUGCGCGCCAACGGACAAUAGUUUUGGCAGCGCUUCUGCAUCCUGUUCUACCGAAGGCUUCGUCGAAACGUUUCAUCCAUCAUCGCGAAAUGAGCUGGAAGUUUUUGCUAUGGAUAUUGAUGAACAACGGAGACAAAGAAGCGUUCAUUACCAAGCUCAGUCGAAGCGGAAUCAAAUUGUUUCAGAGUUAGUCAUAUCAGCAGUUCAUGCAAGAGUGCACCUAGAUGCAAAUUUUGUGGAGACAACAAGCAUCUUAGUGAAAACGGUGCAGAAUCGCUAUGCGACGCGCAGGCCGACAACCCAAAAUGCGUUAAUUGCAAAGGCGAAAUGGGAUCUUACAAUGAAAACCGCUCAUAUGCGGACGUUACUAAGUCGCAACAGCGCCCCAGACUGCCGAGGAAUCCGCAAACCUUUUUUAGAGAGGAAGUUUCACAUACGUCGCCUCCAUCUUUUGCCAAUCCAAGCUCUUCUCAGACUCGUCCACGUCAGCAAGGUUAUGAUGUCUCUGCACACAGACAAGCUCUUUAUUGGGAAGCCAACGGACGCCCUGAUUUUGAUCAUAGUAACGGGGUAGCCUUUUCCAGAGGUCUCCCCCCCGCAGCCCCAAGUUGGUAUAGCAGGUAUCCUCAAUCUUCUGACUACAAUCAUAAUCCUGCGCAGCAUUGGAACAAUACAACCGAAUAUGAGCAUGAUCAAGAGU